AUGCCUGCCCCGAAGCCUCCCGCUUCCCUCGACAACUCGUGCACUGUCAUUCAUGACAACACACUCUACUCCUUCACCCCCGAUGCCUUCUUGUCCAUUCCGCUAGAGGAUAGUGCAAAAUGGAAGAAGCUGCAGCCAGGCGUCCAGGUGACGGGCGCGUCGUGUGUGGGUACCCCGGCCGGCCUCUACGUUGUCGGCGGUAAGUCCGACGUGGGGGAUUACCCGGGCCUGCAAAAGUACACGUACUCGACGGGCAACUGGACCACUAUCCCGAUCUCAGAAGCCCAGAUCAAGAACCGGCGGUGGCAUUCGUCCACGUACAUACCGGCCGAUGAUGUUAUCCUCUUAUACGGUGGGAGCGUGGGCGACGCCCGCAGCGGAUCUACGACGACGUUUACUAUUGGGGCGUCUGAACCUUGGACUGUCCGCAGCUACGGAUCCGUUCUUGCUCCCCCGGCCGUUUCUCCCAUCCUCAUGAGUUGGUCAGGGGCCGACGCCGCCAUGAUUGGCGGCGGAACCGAUCCGCAAAACGCCAAAGUCUGGCUCUUCAACCCAAACGCGCAAUGGAGAGACUCCGGAGCGAGCUUGGCAGCUCCGCUGGACAAGGACACGUCCUCGGUGCAGGCCGUUUUGCUCGAUGGAGACGAUGGUUCGAAGAGUCUCUACACCUUUGACCUCACGCAGGCGCCCAACAGAGUCAACCGCUACACGCUCCAGGACGCAAAGGGCGUCCCCGUCCACGCUUCGACGCGCAUCACGGCCCGCGAUGUCGACGGUGCCAAGUCGGAGACCAAGAGGGGCUUGUCUCUCAGCGACUGGCCCAAGUACAACGGAACUCUCGCGCCCACCACCACCAGGCAGAACUUCGCCGUCGCGCAGGGCCCUGACGGCAUGGUGGUCUUUUCCGGUGGCAACAGCGAGAGUCCGCUGGCCAUAUUCAACGCCAAGGAGAACGGAUGGGUGAAUGUAACCGCUCUGCUAGGGGACAAGACGCAAACGGCACUUACAGCUUCCACUACAACCACGUCCACUUUGUCGACCUCGACCGCCUUUUCCUCAACGUCCACUCUAGCCUCAACCUCCGCGACUUCGACGUCGGCUGCCACGAGCUCGGCAGCGGCGCUGCCGCCUGCAGCCCCGAGCACCGAUUCCGGACCAAGCUCCGACGCCAUCCUGGGCAUCACGCUGGGCACGAUUGCCGGUUUCCUGGCGCUGCUUGGCCUCAUCCUGUUGUUGCUUCGGCGCCAUAAGAAGCGCCACAACCAUGCCGAGACUGGCCAGAACGGCGACUCCAAGCCAGCGUCGCCCGUCGAAAAAGACAUGCUCACACCCAUGAAGGGCACGUUGCCUGUCAAACCCCAAGGGCAUUUCCGUGGUCAUUACCCCCAGGACUCUCAAGAGUCGUACUCCUCCAUGGCGAUUUUGAUGGGCCGCAUGCACAAGGACAAGGAUAAGUCUGGCUUGUCUAGGAAGGCGAGCAACGACACCUUCCGAAGCUCUACCAGCUCGCUGCACAAACAGUUCAAGAGCAAGAUCAGCAAGCCGAUUCCGCAGGUGAGCGCAUAUCCCGCCCUCGCCGCCCAGGACGACAAAGGGAUCGCCUUUGAUCCCUCAGCGGCCGCGCCGCGACCGCGGAACAACAAUCGCCCAGUGGAUCCGCAAGAUGGCACCCGCCGCAGCUCUGGCUGGAAUAAGUACUGGUCCGGAGGCAGUGCACUGCAGAUCCUGGGCUUCGGGGGGCAGCAGAAGAGGAACACGCUCGUUUCCGAGCCGAGCUCGCACUACUCAGAAGGCACCGGCACCGGCACCGGUACCGGCACAAACAAUCAUGCGUCCAGAGCCACGCAGGAUUCUGCCACUGUACCGCCCUUGAACUUUGACCGAGGGUUGGAGGGCAGGCCGUCGGUCAACAGCGUCAAUUCCGGGAGCCCCGUGGUGGCCCAGUACAACAGCAAGUUGCCCGCGGAAGGCAUGGCGGGCAAGAUUGAGCGGCCUGUGUCUCCGGUGUCGUCGGGCUACUCGAGCGGCAUACCCGAGAGCAUCAACGAUGCCUGGGACCCUAUGGAGGGCAGGGCAUGGGGAGCCGACCGAGCGCCGAGCAGCGCCUACACGGCGAGCUACCACUACGGAGCGUCGCUGACGCCAAGCGCCGCCGUGGCCCAGCCACCUUCGGGAGUGAGCAAGCAGCCGCAGCUUGCCAUGGCCGCCACCUCAUCCGACAUGAGCUGGCUCAACCUAGGUGACCAGUCUCGGGCGCGAGGUACGUGA